UUUCAUUUUUUUUUAUUUAACUCGUCUUUCUGCUCGCUCCUCCUCAGUGAUUCGAUCCGUUUCCGGCACACCAAAAUCCUCUUUUGAGUUCAAAAUCUCACACAAACCCAGAGAUCUCUUGCAGUAACCGGAGCGGCGAGAUCCUGCGGACGAAUCUCUCUCCGUUUCAUUUUUAUCCAGGUAGAAGGCAGAUGGAUAGCGCGCAAAGGAAAGGGGGAUUUGUUCCGGUAUCGCCCUCACAGACUCCGAGGUCCACCGAGAAGCACGGGAGAGAUUUCCGGUCCUUUGAUGGGAGUGGUAACUUGAGUGGCAAAUUUGAUAAGGAGAAGGGUGUCAAUGUCCAAGUCAUCCUGAGAUGCAGACCAUUAAAUGAUGACGAGAAGAAGGGGAACACCCAGGUGGUUAUAUCAUGCAAUGAGCACCGUCGAGAAGUUUCAGCUGCUCAAAAUAUUGCUAAUAAACUGAUUGACAGAACCUUUACCUUCGACAAGGUUUUUGGUCCAACCUCGAAGCAAAAGGAUUUGUUUGACCAAGCUGUCGCUCCUAUAGUGAAUGAGGUUCUUGAGGGCUACAAUUGCACCAUAUUUGCGUAUGGGCAGACCGGCACGGGAAAAACUUAUACAAUGGAAGGCGGAGGAAGAAAAACUAAGAAUGGAGAGUUUCCAAGUGAUGCUGGAGUUAUCCCAAGGGCAGUGAAACAAAUUUUUAAGAUACUGGAGGCACAAUGUGCUGAGUACAGCAUGAAAGUCACAUUUCUUGAGCUAUACAACGAGGAGAUAACUGAUCUUUUGGUCUCCGAUGAAUCAAAGUUCUCUGAUGACAAGAACAAGAAGCCUAUUGCUCUCAUGGAGGAUGGAAAGGCUGGUGUUUUGGUGAGAGGACUGGAGGAGGAGGUUGUCUAUACUGCUGGUGAAAUCUACAAAAUCUUGGACAAAGGGUCUGCAAAAAGGCGCACUGCUGAGACUUUACUCAACAAACAAAGCAGCAGAUCCCACUCUAUUUUUUCCAUUACAAUUCACAUUAAGGAAAUUACUCCUGAGGGAGAAGAAAUAAUUAAAUCUGGAAAACUUAAUCUUGUUGAUCUUGCUGGUUCAGAAAAUAUAUCACGUUCUGGUGCUAGAGAUGGAAGAGCAAGAGAAGCUGGGGAGAUAAAUAAAAGUUUACUCACACUUGGCCGUGUAAUUAAUGCUCUUGUUGAGCAUUCUGGCCAUAUUCCAUAUAGAGAUAGCAAAUUGACCAGGUUAUUACGUGACUCGCUGGGUGGAAAGACUAAAACUUGUAUUAUUGCCACAAUAUCACCUUCCAUAUUUUGUUUGGAGGAGACUCUAAGUACAUUGGAUUAUGCACACCGUGCAAAGAAUAUCAAAAAUAAGCCGGAGGUUAACCAAAAGAUGAUGAAAUCUGCAAUGAUUAAAGAUUUAUAUGCGGAAAUUGACCGUUUGAAACAAGAGGUAUUUGCUGCAAGGGAGAAGAAUGGUAUAUACAUACCGCGCGAUAGGUACUUGAUUGAAGAAGCUGAAAAGAAGGCCAUGACUGAGAAAAUAGAAAAGCUGGAAGUUGAUUUGGAUUCAAAGGAUAAGCAAUUAGUUGGUCUACAAGAGCUUUACAGUUCACAAAAGAUACUUAGUGCAGAUUUAAGUGUCAAACUAGAAAAAACUCAGAAAAAAUUGGUAGGCACAGAACAUGCUUACUCAGACCUAGAAGAAAGAUAUCGGCAAGCAAAUUCUAAAAUAAAAGAAAAGGAAUUUUUGAUAAUUAAUCUGCUUAAGUCAGAGAAGGCGCUUGUUGAGCAAGCUUAUGAUCUUAGAGCGGAGCUUGAAAAUACAGCUGCUGAUGUUUCUGGCUUGUUCUCCAAAAUAGAACGCAAAGAUAAAAUAGAGGAAGGAAACAAAAAACUUGUUCAAAAUUUCCAAUCCCUGCUAACCCAACACCUAGAAAGCUUGCACAAAGCUGUCUCAGCUUCAGUAGUAGAACAAGAGAACAAACUGAAAGAAAUGGAAGAGGACAUGGAGUCCUUUGUCUCUAUAAAAUCUAAGGCCACAAAUGAACUUAGACUGCAUGUAGAAAGGCUCAAAAAUAUGUAUGGUUCCAAGAUCAAAUCUUUGGAUGAAUUAGCUGGUGAGAUUGAUAAGAAUUCAGGAGAUACCCUUGCUAGAUUGAAUUCCCAAGUGUCAAUGCAAUCUUCGGCUCUUGAAGAUUGCUUCAAAGGAAUAGCUUUGGAGGCAGAUCAUCUUUUAAAUGAACUUCAGCUGAGUUUCUCACAACAAGAGGAUAAGUUGGCUACUUUUGCUCAGCAGCAACGUGAGGGUCACCUUAGGGCUGUUGAAUCAACAAGGUCAAUUUCUAUGAUUACCUCUGGUUUUUUCCAAACCCUUGAUAAUCAUGCAUCCAAAUUAACCAAGAUUAUGGAAGAAUCACAAACUAUGCAGAACCAACAACUUCAUGACCUUGAGAAUAAGUUUGAGGAAUGUGCUGCUAGGGAAGAGGAGCAAUUACUGGAAAAGGUGGCAGAAAUGUUAGCCACUUCUAGUGCUACAAAGAAGAAGCUGGUUCAAACAGCUGUUGACAGCCUCCGUGCUACUGCUGUUGAGAGAACAAGUAAUCUACAAAAGGAAAUGUCAUCCGUUCAUGAUUUUACUCAUUCUAUAAAAGAACAGUGGAGAACAUACACAGAAGAAUCUGAAACUCACUAUCUCGAGGACACUGCAUCAGUAGAAAGUGGCAAAAAUGGUCUGGAAGAAUGUUUCAGAAUUUGCAAGGCAAAGACUAAAAUGGGCGCACAGCAGUGGAUAGAUGCUCAAAGUUCCCUGCUGAAGCUUGGGAAAGGAAAUGUGUCAUCAGUGGAUUCAAUUGUCAGGAGUGGGUUGGAUGCUAAUCAACUUCUCCGUGCCAAGAUGUCAUCUGCUGUUUCAUCAACACUUGAAGAUGUUGAUGUUUCAAACAAGGAUCUUCUAACCUCCAUUGAUUGUUCAUUCAAACUCGACCAAGAUGCUUGUAGCAAUAUUGAUUCCAUGCUUGUCCCAUGCCACGAGGAGCUAAGGGAAUUAAAAAGUUGCCAUCUUCAGAAGAUUGUAGAGAUAACUGCUAACACAGGGAAGUGUCUUGAAGAUGAAUAUGUGGUGGACACACCAACCUGUUCCACCCCGAGGCGUCGACCGAUCAAUCUGCCCACUGCUGCAUCCAUCGAGGAGCUGUGCACUCCAGGUUUCGACGAGCUACUAAAGUCGUUCUGGGAGGCGACCCCAACUUCGAAUGGCGACGUGAAAAAUUUCUCCGGAGCAAACCAAUCAAAAGAUUCUAGGUCCCCACUAACUGCCAUCAAUUAAGGCCAAGUAAGUUAGUUGUCCUGAAUGAUGGCAUGCCACAUAUACAAAGGUAUUAGAGGCAGUGGGAGCAUGUUCAACGAUUCUUUAUCCUAACAGGUGCAAUGAGUAGUUUUGUUUAGCGGUUUAUUAACCCAGAACUGAGAUGUUCAUAAAAGGAACGGAGAAUGAGGCUCGAUAUUGCGUGGUCGUGUAGUGUAGAAACAUGAGUUGAUUAGUUAUUUUUCAUAGGUCACUAAGAAAUUCAUCAAUUAACGAUUUCUGUCA